AUGGUUGUAUCCAAAAAAUGGUUGAGAAACGUUCGAAGAAAAUUCCUAAGAUCAUCCAAGAGAGACAUAACUCUCCCUCCUCGUAUAAGUGUUUGCAUAAAUCAAAGCGAACAACCAAUACUUGAUAAUGAAUCAACCACCACUACCACCUCCACCGGAGAAGACUUUAUCAGUUUGCCAUCACCACCACCAAUUAAUUCUUCAUCAUCCAAAUUAUUCUCUAAGGAGAACUUUGCUGCAAUAAAGAUUCAAGCUCAUUUCAGGGCUCAUCUCGCAAGACGAGCACAUAGGGCGUUGAAAAGUUUAGUGAAAUUGCAAGCAUUGGUUCGAGGGUUGUAUGUGAGGAGACAAUCGCGUAUAGCAAUGCAGUGCAUGCAUGCACUUGUUCGUUUACAAGUUAGGGUUCGUGCAAGGCAAUUACUUGGUACCUAUGAUCACACUCAAUAA